UCACUCGGUGUAGCUUGACGCUGUCGGCAGAGCCAGGCUGCAGUAUGCGGAGCAGCUGAUGCUCUUGCGGGGCUAAAAAUAAUCAACUUUUUUUCUGUCCAACUCUCAAACUGUAUUUUGUUUCUUUUCCUCUUCUUUUUCUCCUUUUUCUGUUUUUCCUUUCUUUUAAAACAAACAAACAAACAAACAAACAAACACCAAACGUCACCAGGCGUCCGGAAUGAAACGGAGUCAAUAAGGAUUAUUACUUUUCUCCGAGACCGACUCGCGGCUCGUGUGGAGCGGCCGGGCGGUGGCAUGGCCCUGUCGUUUUGCGGCAACGACAACGGUAUCAAUGCCUACACCGUGAAGGAGGGCGUGCUGAACAAUGGCUGCUUCGUGGACGCCCUCAACCUGGUUCCCCACGUCUUCCUGCUCUUCAUCACCUUCCCCAUCCUCUUUAUCGGCUGGGGCAGCCAGAGCUCCAAGGUCCAGAUCCAUCACAACACGUGGCUUCACUUCCCCGGCCACAACCUGAGAUGGAUCCUCACCUUCUCGCUGCUGUUCGUCCACGUGUGCGAGUUCGCAGAGGGCAUCGUCUCCAACAAUAGGAUGAUGGAAACCAACCACCUCCAUCUCUUCAUGCCGGCCUUCAUGGGUUUCGUAGCAGCCACAACAUCAGUGGUUUACUAUCACAACAUCGAGACGUCCAACUUCCCCAAACUGCUGCUCGUCCUGUUCAUCUACUGGGUGCUGGCGUUCAUCACAAAGUCCAUCAAGCUGUGGAAGUUUGCAGAGUACCAUGUUGGACCACAGCACCUGAGGUUCUGCAUCACAGCGCUGUUAGUGUUGCUGUACGGACUGCUAAUGGCCGUAGAGAUCAAUGUCAUCAGAGUCAGGAAAUAUGUGUUCUUUGCCAACCCACAAAAGGUGAAACCACCAGAGGAUUUACAGGAUUUGGGAGUUCGCUUUCUGCAGCCGUUUGUCAACCUGCUGUCCAAGGCAACAUAUUGGUGGAUGAAUCCUCUCAUCAUGGGAGCCCAUAAGAGGCCCAUAGAGCUGAAGAAGAUUGGCAAGCUGCCCAUCGCCAUGAGAGCCCUCACCAACUACCUACGGCUCAAAGACGCCUACGAGGACCAGAGGACGGCCGAGGAUCCGGAUCGGGCCCCAUCGAUCUGGCGCUCCAUGUAUCGAGCGUUCGGUCGGCCCAUCCUGCUCAGCAGCACCUUCCGCUACCUGGCCGACCUGCUGGGCUUCGCCGGGCCGCUCUGCAUCUCUGGCAUCGUGAAGUACCUGAAGACUGAUGAUGAAGUUGCAACACCAGACAAGAUCAAGGAGACCUAUUUCGGUGUGUACUUCAUGUCUUCGACUGAGCUGCUGCAGAACACUUCAGUCCUGGCUGUGCUUCUCUUCCUGGCUCUAAUCCUGCAGAGGACCUUCCUGCAGGCCUCGUACUACGUCACCAUAGAAACAGGCAUCAACCUGCGGGGAGCCCUUCUGGCGAUGAUUUACAACAAAAUCCUGCGUCUGUCCACCUCCAACAUGUCUAUGGGGGAGAUGACGCUGGGGCAGAUCAACAACCUGGUGGCUAUAGAGACCAAUCAGCUGAUGUGGUUCCUCUUCCUCUGCCCCAACCUGUGGGCCAUGCCUGUACAGAUUGUAAUGGGAGUGAUCCUGCUCUACUACUUGCUGGGCUGGAGUGCCCUGGUUGGAGCAUCUGUCAUAGUCCUGCUGGCACCAGUCCAGUACCUCAUAGCUACAAAGCUGGCGGACACACAAAAAAGCUCACUAGAACACUCUACCGAUCGACUGAAAAAGACCUCAGAGAUCUUAAAGGGCAUCAAGCUGCUGAAGCUGUAUGCCUGGGAGAACAUCUUCUGCGACAGCGUGGAGGACACCAGAGGAAAGGAGCUCACCAGCCUCAAGACCUUCGCUUUCUACACAUCUAUGUCCAUUUUCAUGAAUGCCGCUAUUCCUAUUGCUGCUGUUCUUGCGACGUUCGUGAUGCAUCACUUCCUCAAUAAAAGCGGUCCCAGUCCUUCUGAGGCCUUCGCAGCUCUAGCAUUGUUCCACAUCCUGGUCACCCCUCUCUUCCUGCUCUCCACCGUUGUCAGAUUUGCCGUCAAGGCUCUGGUCAGUGUCCAGAAGCUUGGUGAGUUUCUUCAGAGUGACGAAAUUGAAGACGACAGCUGGAGAAAUGGAGACAUGACGGUUUCCUUCGAAGCUGGAAAAAAACACCCGGGAAUGACCAAAGCCAUCAACAGGAAGCAGCCAAUGCGCUACCAGAUGGACAACUACGAGCAGCCGACCAGGCGACAGAUGAGACCCACGGAGACGGAGGAUGUGGCUGUAAAGGUGAGCAAUGGAUUCUUCACCUGGGGCAACAACCUGUCCACACUGUCAGACAUCAACAUCCGCAUCCCCACAGGUCAGCUGACGAUGAUCGUGGGCCAGGUGGGUUGUGGGAAAUCCUCCCUGCUGCUGGCCAUGCUUGGUGAGAUGCAGACCAUCGACGGAAGAGUCCACUGGAGCAAGCUGCCUGAUUGUGAGAUGGCCUACGAAGGGAACAUAAGUUGGUCAGAGACAGAGGAGUGUGACGAAGACUUCAGGAGCAAGAACAGAUACUCUGUGGCCUACGCUACCCAGAAGUCUUGGCUGCUCAACGCUACCGUGGAGGAGAACAUCACCUUCGGCAGCCCGUUCAAUAAACAGAGGUACAAGGCAAUGAUUGACGCCUGCUCUCUGCAGCCGGACAUUGACCUGCUGCCUUUUGGAGAUCAAACUGAGAUUGGAGAAAGGGGCAUCAACCUGAGUGGAGGUCAGAGACAGAGAAUCUGUGUGGCCAGAGCUCUCUACCAGAACACCAACAUCGUCUUCUUGGACGAUCCCUUCUCGGCGCUGGACAUCCACCUCAGCGAUCACCUGAUGCAAGAAGGAAUCCUCAAGCUUCUGCAGGACGACAAACGGACCGUGGUCCUGGUCACCCAUAAACUGCAGUACCUCACACAUGCAGACUGGAUCAUAGCGAUGAAGGACGGCUCUGUGCUGAGAGAGGGAACUCUGAAGGACAUCCAGAAUCAUGACGUUGAGCUUUACGAUCACUGGAAGACCCUGAUGAACAGACAUGACCACGAGCUGGAGAAGGACAUACAGCAGGACAGUCAAACAACUCUAGAGAGGAAAACACUGAGGAGAGCUUUCUACUCCAGAGAGACCAAGAACCAGAUAGACGAUGAGGACGAGGAGGAGGAAGAGGAGGAGGAAGAUGAUGACAACAUGUCCACAACCACUAAUAGAAGGUCGAAGAUCCCAUGGAGGGUGUGCUGGUGUUACCUGUCCUCUGGUGGGUUCUUCAUGGUCUUCCUGAUGGUGUCCUCUAAACUUCUCAAACACUCUGUCAUCGUUGCCAUCGACUACUGGUUGGCUCUCUGGACCUCCUCCAAAACCAGUCAGAGUACCGGAGGGGGAACAGCCCCGACCAACGAGACCAGCACAGUUUACGGCGGCAACAGCACGCAGCCCACGCCGGCUACGAUGGAGGAUGAGGACUCCUACUACCUGCCGGUGUUCAUCAUCCUGUGUGCGGCUGGAAUCACGCUGUGCCUCAUCACCUCUCUCACCGUGGAGUUUCUGGGUCUUUCUGCAGCCACCAACCUGCACCACAACCUUCUCAACAAGAUCAUCCACGCCCCCAUCAGGUUUUUUGACAUCACUCCUCUGGGGCAGAUCCUCAACAGAUUCUCAGCUGAUACCAACAUCAUAGACCAGCAUAUUCCUCCUACGCUGGAGUCUUUGACGAGAUCCACGUUGCUCUGUCUCUCGGCGAUCGGGGUCAUUUCCAUCAUCACUCCAGCUUUUCUGAUCGCCUUGGUUCCCCUGGCGGUGGCCUUCUACUUCAUCCAGAAGUACUUCAGAGUGGCCUCCAAGGACCUCCAGGACCUGGAUGACUCCACACAGCUUCCUUUGCUCUGCCACUUCUCUGAGACCGCUGAAGGUCUCACAACUAUCAGAGCAUUCAGACACGAGGCUCGUUUUAAACAGCGCAUGCUGGAGCUGACAGACACCAAUAACACAGCCUACCUGUUUCUGUCUGCUGCCAACCGCUGGCUGGAGGUCCGAACGGACUACCUUGGAGCAGUGAUAGUGCUGACAGCAGCAGGAGCCUCCAUCUGGAGUUCACUCUAUAAUCUGCCUCGUGGAGGCCUGGUGGGCCUCGGACUCACAUACGCCCUCACUGUCACCAACUACCUGAACUGGGUUGUAAGGAACCUGGCGGACCUGGAGGUCCAGAUGGCAGCUGUGAAGAAGGUCAACAGCUUCCUCGGCACAGAGUCGGAGAACUACGAGGGAUCUAUGGGCGCCUCUCAGGUGCCUGAGAACUGGCCCCAGGAAGGUGAGAUAAAGAUCCAGGACCUGUGUGUGCGCUACGAUCCCAUGCUGAAACCGGUGCUCAAACAUGUCAACGCAUACAUCGAACCAGGCCAGAAGGUGGGAAUCUGCGGUCGCACAGGCAGCGGGAAGUCCUCUCUGUCGUUGGCCUUUUUCAACAUGGUGGAUAUCUUUGAAGGGAAGAUCGUCAUUGAUGGGAUCGACAUCUGCAAGCUUCCUCUGCAGACACUCAGGUCUCGACUCUCCAUCAUCCUCCAGGAUCCGGUGUUAUUCAGUGGAUCAAUAAGGUUUAAUCUCGACCCAGAGAGGACGUGCACCGACGACCGACUCUGGGAGGCGCUAGAGAUCGCUCAGUUGAAGAACAUGGUGAAAGCGCUCCCUGGAGGACUAGAUGCGGUUGUGACAGAAGGAGGAGAGAACUUCAGCGUCGGUCAGAGACAGCUCUUCUGUUUGGCCCGAGCUUUUGUCAGAAAGAGCAGCAUCCUCAUCAUGGACGAAGCCACGGCGUCUAUAGACAUGGCCACGGAGAACAUCUUACAAAAAGUUGUGAUGACUGCAUUUGCAGACAGAACAGUCGUUACGAUCGCACACCGUGUCCACACCAUCCUAACAGCCGAUCUGGUCAUUGUGAUGAAGCGAGGGAACAUUUUGGAGUACGACAAACCUGAGACUCUUUUGGAGCAGGAGGACGGGAUGUUUGCUUCAUUCGUCAAAGCUGACAUGUAGACGCACAGCCAGUCAGCAUGCCCAACAACUGACAGACAUCAGCUGGUCGAUCUACUUCUUUUUUCAUGUAGAAGUGUUUACUCACUAAUGCCCGACCAACCUCUGUGACACUACAAUACUCCACUGAAGCCAAUAGCACACAACUGUGAGGGAAAACAGAUCCAGAAACACCAUCAAUCACUAGUUGAUGUAUUUGAGAAGUUGUACUUGAAUCAGUCAGUUAGCCAAUUAAGCCUGUUUUUUAUAAACGACAUCUAGAAAUAUUGUGUAUCAUUUAAACGAUAAAAGUCCAUCAAUCAGUUUAUCCAAUUUGCACAUAUGACAUAUAUUGGAAAUACAGAUAUACAGAGAGAUUUUCCGUAUGUUAAACAAUAGAGAAAUGAUUGGAUCAUUGACCUUACUAGUAACUAGUAUUAAGAUACUGUAUAAUAAGAAUAUUAAAGAAAAAAGUAAUAUUUUUAUGUCCCUAGACAGCUAAUAUAUGAUGCUAAUGAAUAGAUCGUGAUUUGUCGUAGUUAUCUUGGACUAACUACGGCUGAAGAUAGAAGACAAAUAUAUCUUACUUGUGGUCUCAGACUAAGACUGUUGAAAGAAUAAGGCUGGCAUUACUCUGUGUUUUUCUUAAUGCCCGCAAAUCCUGAAAAGACCAAAACCAACAAUGUGUUCAUUUAUCUCUUUCUGACUUCCUGUCUUCGGGUCACAGCCCAUUAGUAGUAGUGGAGUAGAGUGACCAGGUGUCCCACUUGUAGGACCGCACUGCCUUUUUAUUGUGGUAAAUAGAAGUUCAUUUAAUUUUUUAUAAUUUUUUAAAGGCACAGUUUCCUCAACAGCUCCUAACUAGGUUUUUUUUAUCGAAAAACAGCAAGAAAAAGUGAAUUUUUGGGGACUAUUUUCAGCGGUGGAUGAAUACACAUAUAAUAGUCUAGGAACCCAGUGCAACACUUCGACUUAUUGAUGCGUUUUUAAUAGUUUUUUGGACAACAAUGGAGCUCUAUAGCACAGAGGAAGAAGAUAUAUCAGACUUUGAUAAGCUCACAGUUCUUGUUAAUAGACACGUUAACUGUUGGUUUGGGUCUUUUUAUGAGAUUUAUUGACAAUAAGAAAAAUAUAGACAAUGACUGGUCUUACGAUUUAAGUUCUGUCCUUUACCAGGACUAUAAGCACCGUUAUGCAUAUCAUUGGAAAAUCAAUCACAGGUCUUUUGAGUGAUUGAGCUUUUGACACUUCCAUCAGUAUCAUAUGGACUUGGUCAUUUAUACUAUACUUUAGUUUUUGUAUUUCAUAGUUUUAGAUUAAGCUGAACUUUUAGGUCAUUCUAAUUUGAUUUAACUCCAAAAGUCUUUAAUUAUCUUGUUAAAAAUAUUUGUUACAUUUAUUUUAAGCUCAUGCACAACACGUAUCAGUUGUAUUACUCUUAAAGCACUUGUAUUAUGCAAAAAUAAGGAAGGGAGAGACUUGUAUUUAAAACAACAAAAUGUUGGCUCUGGCCAGUGUUUCUGUGCUCUGCAUAUCAAUACACCAUGCAGUUUCUCACUGUAAAGGAUUUGUAUCUUAAUAUUUUUAGAAAUUUUUAUGUUAAGUUCUGCCACAGAAGUAAAACUGAUAGAACUGUUGUAGUCGGUAAGCAGUUUUUUAUGAACCCCUUUGUUGCAUCAAACCAAACUGUACCUGAGGCUGAGUAGACUAGGAUCUCUUAGCUACAACGUGAAGCUCCCAUUUCCAAAUCUAAGAUGUUUUGUUGUGGCGAUUCUUCCCCAGAACAAGCGUGACUAAGGAACUCAACAUCGAAGGGGCUGCCGCUAUUUUCGCUGCCUGUUUGGAAACACUUGUGCAACUUGUGACGCCAAAAGUGGGGAAAUCAGACCUUACAAUGUCUUUGUCCUACUUGGAAUUUCCACCAGGAGGUCGACCUGUAUGUCUUUUUCCUGGUUUUCAUGAUGUCAGCAUGGAAAAGAAUUUUCCUCUGGAAGAGAUGAGCAGACGUCUAUGAUGCAACAGCAAAACUCCCACGAUGAGAGAACAGAAGGAGAAUCAUGAGCGAGUGGGGCCAGUUGCCAAACAACUUUGGUGUGAAGAAGGUGGAAAUAUACCAGAAACAAAACCAGGAUUUGUUUUUUCACACAUGCAAAAUGUUUAAUUGUACUUCCUUGGCAACUCUGUAAAAUCCUUAAACUUUAUUACAUUCAGAAACAGUCGUUGGUUUUACUUCUGCUCAUUUCCAAGCUGAAUCACAUAAUAACUUAAUAAACUUGUUAAAGUUAGAAAAAUAUGUGUGCAUCAGGCACAACACACUGCAUCCAUUCAACCUUAAACUUAUUUCUGUGAUUUGGAAUUGAUCAUAUUUGAUGUUUUCAAACAAUUCGAACACUGGGAAGUAAAGUCUAUAAAGUAAAGAAAACAAUACCUAUGGGGGGGGGGACUUUUUUUCUGAAGUCGGAUGUUUUAUUUCUGGGUUACUUCCACCUUUCACUCUGUUCUAUCAGUUGUAUUUCUACGCCUACACUAGUACAAACACUGUAGGGUGUCAUGGCUCAGGCUGAAGCCGGUGAACCCGCUGUCUGUCUGCAGUCAUGCUUUGCUGAACUUAUUAUCCUCGGGGACAAUAGACACCCAACGUGAGCUCCCGUUAACUCCGGAGAUGUUUAAUGGUUUGUGAUUGUUAAGAUACUGAAGAGUUCCAGUGUAAAGUUGAUCCAGAAUCCAAAUGUGAAUCAAUUCUAGUUGCUAAGAGGAGUUCCUCAAUGUAAAGGUUAGGUAAAUAAUCAACAUUUUUUAGACUGACAAUGAAUCAAAUGGCUGAAUUUGAUGUAAAAUGUAUCCAUAGAGAAUUAUAAAUUUGCAGUUUCUUCUAGUUUUGGGGUUUUAAGACCCACAAACCAGACAAAAGUUAAUCAGCUAGUGAAGGAAAUGGAGCAUUUAGCAGCUAAAGACAGAUAAUUUUCUCUGGAGUUAUUUCAGAGGAGGCCACAAACACAACUCCAAGUGAAUGUUAGAGCUAAUGGAUGUGUCAGGUGUUGUGUUUUCAGCUUGUUACACUGCCCCCAAGUGGCCAAAAAAUCAAGUAACACAGCUUUAACAUGUCAGCAAAAGAGAUACGCAAGCUCACUGUUUGGUUAAUUAUUAGUUAAUGUACACAGCCUUUGACUAUUAACUAGAUUUUUGCGAGUGCAGUUGAACAUUGGUUGCAGGAGAAUUUGUAUUCUUUUCGGGGCAGUUACAUUGUCUAUGCAAACAGUUUUUCCUUCCUUAACUCUGAUCUAGAUUAUAUUCACAUAACAUGGACAUAAAAGUGAUUAUUCCCUUAAAGCAAUAGUUUAACAUUUUUAUUCUAAGGUCAACAAAAAACACUUCAUAAAAAACACAUCGAUUCCUAUAUCCAGGUGAUUACAUACUGGACCUUUAAGGUUUACACUUUAGUGUCUCACUGUUGAUAGGAACUCUCUCUAAUAGGUUUUUCUGCAAUCACUUGUACACUCUGCGGGAGCGGUGCUAUUGUCCCUUCGUAUUAUUGUGAUCAAUUUAUACUUAUUUUCCUUUUAAAUGAGAUUUUUGAAUGACUUUGUACUGUACAGACUAAAUGCCAAAUACAGUCUUUUGCAAGAA